GCACAAGGUACGCAGGCUUAAAAUACUUAAGAAUCCGAUCAUGCGCAGUGCGCCCACCUCAAUUCAAUAUCCAUGGUAUCAUAGUAUCAUGAUCAUCAAAAACACCCUCGCGCUCUAGGCAACUCCGUGUUGCAGUGCGACUCGCUACAGUACUUAUUGGCAACUGCUUGCUGCAGACCUCCAUUUACCCAUUGUGACGCUCGAGAAUGUCAGCCCCAGACACUUUCGGUUUACAGUUAGCCAAGUACACUAACGUCGCUGCAUCAGCAAUCCUAAUUUAUGACUACUUUGUCACCUUACAUUCCGAAGUUCAAUGGACCUGGGGACGGAAGUGGGGAAUCAUCCGGACUGCAUUCACGAUUUCACGAUAUGCACCUUUUGCUGGUGCGCUUAUGACCUCGUACUCCGCUAUCAAGACAUGGGGUAUGCAAGAUUGCGCACCCUUUAACGAUGCCGUAAAUGGCAUACACUUCUUGGGCAUAAUUGCCUCGGAAGGUCUAUUGAUUUUCAGGGUCUACGCCUUCUCUGGCAAUAAGAAGACUUAUCUUAUCAUUCUUCUCUCAUUUGGUUUGGCCAUCUUGGUGACGUGUGCGAUUCUAAGUGCUGCCCCCAUCAAUUUUAACAUCCCAGGAGGCAAGGUCUCAAAGCUUACUUCUUAG